AUGGGUCAGAAGCAUUCCUCUCAAGGAAAUCGCGCAACCCAGUCCUCAGUCGAAGACGUUUCAUCGGCUCGCGGAGAUCGAAAAUCACAUCAGGAAAUCACACUUCCUGUCAAAAAUCGUGAACAGAAAUACCUAUUCUUCUUCGAUAUGUUCUCAUGUCUUUAUCUACCAGAAGUGGUCAUUCAGUAUGGAUGUCCCACUAAACAGGUAUGCGUGAGUAGCUGUCCGAACUACACAUGGAAAGCCUCAGAAGGAGAUUCUUUUGAAUCACGAUCCAAAAUGAUCUGCGAGGGUGGAGUCUCCGGCAAUUUUGAGGCUUACAAGUUAAAAUCAGUCAGUGAUUUAAUCCAGAGUGGAAUCUGCGCUCCGGAAGUUUUGCCCACAGAAGCAAUGUUCAGGCGCUGUGUGCAGCUUGACAUUGUGCCGGCAAUUGAUCAACUCAAUCGGCGGACACUGGCUAAUCCUGAGGCGGAGAGGCCGCUACUGAGUUGUUGUGACCUGCCAUGCAUGUGUGGGAGAUCCGACCCUGUUGAGCUCUCAACCCGAAUAGCCAUAAACAUGGACUUCGGUGCGGAGCCUUGGCUUGUCAACAAGUCAAAAUGUAUUCUCCUGGCAGCAAUAGCCUCCUUCCUGUGGAUUUUUUUCAUGAGGAUGUGCACCUGCGCUAUGGUCGUCUUCACCCUUGUUGCUUUCGUCAGCAUUUUUGGUCUUGGAGUAACAAUGAGUUCCUUACUUCGGGCUCCUGAAUGCAGAAGUCUUAGUUGUUCGAAGCUGCUUUCAUCGGAUGCUCCGAUUGAGGAUGUUAAUACACUUCCAGGUAUGAUUAUUGAUAUCCGUAUCGUAGCUAUCCAUGCGACGCAAAACCUGGUCCGUCAAAAUCUUGUCGAUAUCCCAACAAUCAAAACUUAUGCCGAGGACAAAAUAGUCCUUUUACCUACUGGCGCUGAGGGUCCUGACAUCCUCGCGGCUACAACUGGACACCGCCUCGACAAUCACUAUUAUAUCGGAAGAAAUGUGGCUUCAGUUUGGCAACUCACCGAUCCAGCGGUACAGAUAAAUGCAAUGAUGCGAUCUCUUCACGGCAAAUCAUUGACUGGAACGUGCCGUAUUACGAAGGAUAGCCUCAACCUACCUGGCCUUGACUGGUUUGACAAGCUGGGUAUAGACCAGGUGCUGAUCAAACCCACCUGCAACCAGACGCGUUCAAGUGGGACACUCCUUGACCCCAGCCAGAAGAGUCUUAUGGUUGUGACUACCCCGAUCCAAUCGAUGACGUCUCAUACCACGUUCUGCGUCACCAAGACGCUACAAGUACUGCGCCAUAUCUGUGGUUGUCGGUAUGGAGUCGUGGAGACGUUAGCUAUGGACAAUGAAACGCGGUUCAUGUCGCAGGAGUUCGUGACUUUUGCUGCCAGCAUGCCGUGUUUUCUUCUAAUGGGCAAGCGUAGCGCAACGGGAUUUUGUUUCUGGCGUUACGUGGAGACCAAAAAGGUUAACGCAAAUUCACCGCCCCUCUUCCUCACCCUCGACAUAACGGUCUACUUUUGCUAUUCCACCACUUGGCUCAUCCUAGGGAUCAUCUCCGGAUUAAUUCUCUUUCUCGUUCUGCUAAUCAUAAUCUUCAUCCGUGAGAAGAUCGUUCUAGCCUAUCGUGUUAUCGGCGAGGCAAGCAAAGCGAUAGGAUACCUGCCGAUGACGCUGUUCUGGCCCAUAAUUCCGUUCAUUCUUAUCUUCGGUACAAUUGCGCUAUGGAUUUUUGUGGACCUUAACCUCCGCUCCAUUGCAGUCAGUGAGGGUGUCAACUAUGCUAAUUCCACAGUUGGCCUGAGGUACAAAAGCCCUGAGGAGUGGACCGCUUGGGCCCUUAACGCUUCCAUGAAGUGUGAUCCCACCGCAAACAACACAGAGGGUCAGAUUUGCCUCUUCGUGAAGCACAUUACAACAGCGUAUACACCCUGGCUACAGGUGUACAACUUCUUCAUGUGCGUCUGGCUCAUAAACUUCUUCAUCGCCAUGGAUCAGAUAACCCUAGCGGGUGCCUUCGCCACCUUCUACUUCAACUCUCAAAGCCAGCGCCGCCGUCAUACCAUAGUGGGCUGCUGCGGCCUUUGGCUACUGUUCGGCACAUGUGUCAGCGCUCUAGUCUACAACACGGGCUCCCUGGCCCUCGGCUCCAUUCUUAUCACCAUCUUCUGGUUUUUGCGUGCAUGUCUUCUCCGUCUUGAGCGACGACUCAAAACUGCCAACAACGAGCUUGCACAAUUCUUUCUCCGAUGUUUCUGCUGCUGUUUAUGGUGCCUAGAAAAAUUCUUGCGUUUUCUCAAUAAGAAUGCAUACAUUAUGAUCGCAAUCUACGGACAUGGGUUCUGCCGCUCUGCGAGGGAUGCAUUCCAGCUCAUUGUGCGAAAUGUAGUCAGAGUCUUCCUUGUUGAAAAGAUAACUGACUAUAUCCUGGUCGUGGGAAAACUGGCUGUUAGUGCAGCUGCAUCUUGCCUUGCCUAUUUUUACCUGGGCGGAGUCAUCCCUGAUAAACUGAACCUUGUGCCAGAGCAAAAUCUCCAACUGAAUUACAUAUUCGUGCCUAUUUUGGUCAUCGCCAUCGCUUCAUAUCUCGUUGCUAAGGCAUUUUUCUCGGUGUACGAGAUGGGUGUGGAUACCAUCUUUAUUUGUGUUUGCGAAGAUCUGGAACGCAACGAUGGAACCGCGGAGAAGCCCUACUUUAUGAACAAAUCGACGAUGAAGAUGCUGAAGAAACCUGACGCUGAAACUAGUCUCUCUUAA